AUGAGCUUUCACACACAACACCGUGAUUCUGCCAAAUGGAGUCCUGAUCCGGAAUUCAUGAAGAAAUUCGAUGGCCCUGUCAUGUACCCCGAGAAGGUCUACAAGACAUGGAAGCCAGUCCAGUGGAAUGCCAAACUUCCCCUGCCAACGGAGAAGAAGGUGAAGAAUGUGACGAUUAAUUUUGGACCACAGCAUCCAGCUGCUCAUGGGGUGAUGCGGCUAGUGUUGGAGCUCGAAGGGGAGGUUGUUGUGCGUGCUGAUCCCCACAUUGGGCUCCUCCAUCGUGGCACGGAGAAGCUAAUUGAGUACAAGACCUACCUGCAGGCAUUGCCGUAUUUUGAUCGCCUCGACUACGUCUCAAUGAUGUGCAAUGAGCAGUGCUACGCAUUAGCUGUUGAGAAACUCCUGAACAUUGAGGUGCCACUGCGUGCAAAGUUCAUCCGGACACUCUUUGCCGAGAUUACACGACUCCUCAAUCACUGUAUGGCCAUUUCAACACAUGCCCUGGACGUUGGAGCCCUGACCCCGUUGUUCUGGCUCUUUGAGGAGCGAGAGAAGAUGAUGGAGUUCUACGAGAGAGUUUCCGGUGCUCGAAUGCAUGCAGCCUACAUCCGUCCCGGCGGUGUGAGCCAGGAUAUGCCUCUGGGGCUUAUGGAUGAUAUUCAUGAGUUUGCUUCGAAGUUCGCAGAGCGGGUGGAUGAAGUUGAGGAUGUUCUGACCACCAACAGGCUCUGGGUGCAGCGAACAACAAACAUCGGGAUUAUUACUGCAGAAGAUGCCCUCAAUUAUGGCUUCAGUGGGGUCAUGUUGCGUGGAUCGGGUGUCAAGUGGGAUCUCCGGAAGGCACAGCCAUACGAUGCCUACGAUCAGGUUGAUUUUGACGUACCCAUUGGGUCAAAAGGAGACUGCUACGAUCGCUACCUGUGUCGUAUUGCAGAGAUGCGUCAAUCGCUGAGAAUCAUUGAUCAGUGCCUCAACCAAAUGCCUCCUGGAGAAAUCAAAAUUGACGAUGGGAAGAUCGCUCCACCAUCGAGGGAAGAGAUGAAGAAAAGCAUGGAAGCUCUUAUCCAUCAUUUCAAGCUCUUCAGUCAGGGCUAUCAAGUACCCCCAGGGACAACGUACACAGCCAUUGAGGCUCCAAAGGGAGAGUUUGGGAUUUAUCUCGUUUCAGACGGGAGCAGUCGUCCGUAUCGGUGCAAAAUUAAAGCUCCAGGAUUUGCUCAUCUAUCUGCCCUGGAUUACAUUGGAAGCAAGCACUAUCUAGCUGAUAUUGUGGCCAUCAUAGGGACCCUAGAUAUUGUCUUUGGGGAAAUAGAUCGUUGA